AUGUCAGCCGAAACAUCCAGCGUCUUCCCUUCCGGGAUGGAUAAGCCCGUCUGCGUCUUCUGCGGCUCCUCGCCCGGAAAGUCCCCUAUCCACGCAGAUGCCGCACGCGCCGUUGGACAGGCUAUGGCCAGUGCCAAUAUGCCUCUGGUGUACGGCGGCGGCCGUCGCGGGAUCAUGGGCGUGGUCUCGCAAGCGACUCUCGAAGCUGGCGGGCACGUGCACGGGAUCGUCCCGAGGGCACUGAUGACCCGUGCGUCUGAGCGGACGUCCGCACCGACCGUGAACCCCGUUGCUGGGUCUGGCGGAGCUUCCCAGGAUAAGGAGAAGGUACAGAGUGCCGAAGGCGCAGGAGAGGAUCUGGUGGAUAGUGAUUACGAUGGGCGGAUGACGCUCAGCGUUGUGGACAGCAUGCACGAGCGCAAGAUGAAGAUGGCACAACUCAGUACCGGCGGGUUCAUUGUCCUUCCAGGAGGGUACGGGACGUUCGAAGAAGCACUAGAGAUGAUCACCUGGAACCAGCUCAAGAUCCACCAGCUCCCCGUCGUAAUCCUUAACAUCGACAACUUCUACACACCCCUCCAGACACUCUUCACCUCCGCCUCCAGCUCGGGCUUUAUAAACCCCGAAAACCUCUCUUUGGUCAAGAUUGUGGAUCUGCCAGGUGGCGAGAAGGAUAAUGCCGAUCCAAGCAAGGCGGGCGAGUGGGGUCAGGUAGCCGUGGACGCUAUCAAGAAGUUUACGUUUUCGGCGGGAGCGGGGUAUAAUCUAUCUUGGAAGACGGAGGGUGAGGGCGAGUCAAAUGCAGCAUGGGCGUAUUUCACGAAAAGGGAUGGGACGGAGGUGUGGGGAGACUGGCCAGGAGAUGAGAAUGUUUGGGAGAGGAUCAAGGACAAGGUGGAGCAUAGUGAGCGUGAGGGCGGAGGUGAUUGGAGGGUCAGGGUCGUCCUGCACAAAGACGGUCAAGUAGAAGUUCAGCUAAUAGCUGCAUCGCCCUCGGCAGGCCGGUUCGACCUCACCCUCCCCCCUCUCCCCACCCAGCCGCGCCGCCGCCUCGUCCUCUCUCCCUCUUCGACCUCGCUCCCGCCCCUCGAAACCCCCUUCCGGCUAUUCAAAACCACCCAUCGACCGAUGUACACCGCCCCCCUCGCCCCAUAUCCCCCAGGAACCGAAGUCCUCCUGCAUACAGGCACGCACCUGCUCGAGACGUGUACCUCGAAUAUCGCGCUGCACUUGCCUGAUCCGGAUAGACCGGAGGAGGCAGAGUGGGUCACGCCGGCGUUACGGUCCGAGCUCGAGGCCGAGGACGGAAUCGAGGGCGAGGGCGGGGGCGGUGACGAGCUUAGGGGCUUGGGUAAGAGAGGGGACACGGCGGAGUUUCUGGCGGGGACGGUAAGGGCCGAAUUGAUCGAGCGGGGUGUGGUGAGGGUUGGGCAGGUGAGUCUGGGGGAUUGGGAAAGGUGUAAGAGGGAAGGGAGGGGCGUCGUGGGAUUCAACGGGUUUGUAGGUGUAUGGGCGGCAGAGUUCGAUUGA